AGUGCUGGCGCUGAAGGGCGGCUCUGUGGCGUCAAUGACCAUCACCGCCGGCCGGACGACCACGUCGGGCACGGUGUUGGGCGAGGCAACCGUGGCGGGCUCGGCGUCCGGUGCGGCGGCCGUGUCGAUGGGCCCGGGCACGGCGCCGGCGCCCGGCACCCAGAUGCGGACCAAGGUCACGCACUCCGGCGGCGGGCCGCAGCCAGCCGUCACCCGUCUGGUGCAGGAGUAUGCCAUACCCCACGGCCAGGCGGUGAAGACGACACAGAUCAUCAACGGCAAGGGGAUCUCGGGCGUCACCGAGACCAUGAAGAUCACGCAGACUAAGGCAAGGCAGUUUUCGUCCAAGAAAACCACGCAGAUUGGGAAGGCUCCGCCGGUGACUACGGUGACUUCAAGCACGCCGAAAGGAACCGAGGUCAAGUUGACCUUGGGGGCUGGCAAGCGAAAACUGGAGAUGAAUGCGCUCCCGCCGCUCGACUUCGAUAUCAAAUCUCUCACCACGGAGUUCUUCAGCAACGAGAAGAUCCCUGAGGGAGGGAAGUUUGACGAACUAUUAGACAUCAAUGCCAAGAUUGAUGAGGUGAAGAAAAAGGUAGAUUCUGUCUUCAAGACGGGUUUCUUCGCGGCGGAAGACGAGUAUUGGGACAAGAUCGGCGGCAUCAGUCAGCGCUUCGAAGAUACCUCCAAAAAGUUCAAAGAACUCGGACUAAAAUAUCCUGAGCUCAAGUUAGAAUUCUGAAAGGAUUUUGGUGUUUUAGCCUUGCACGAGGCGCGGCAUAGGAGGCUUGUUUCUAAAACGGUCUGAUUAACGGCAGUACAACAAAGUUAUAUAACUAAUUAUGGGUAUUCUGGUGUCGGAAAAACAUAAAACUUUAAAUCUUCUUUAAUUUCUUCAGUUAAUAGCAGCAUCAUAGCAAUGCACAUGUCACGUCAACGAUAAAAAACCCCACACGACUGCAGUAUCAAAACAAGUACUGCGGUUUCAGUUUUAUAUUCACGAAAAUAGACGCAGGACAGAAUGAAUUGCUCCCGCAACAAUGAUUACUGGAAAGCACAGUACGUAAAACAAUGACAGGCACUUCUAGUCUAGAACAACUACGCCUCAGUGCACAAACAGUACUACUUGAGUAACUUAGCGCACUCAAAUGCCACGGCCAGAGUAAGUGCGACAGUGCCCUCCAAAACAAUGAGGACUAGGGAAGAAAGAUAGUAGAUGAGCGGCAAAACAACCGCGUACGACAGGUGAGAAGCAAACCAUCGGCUUUUGCCGAGUGCACGGACGGAACCAACCACAUCACAUGUCGCGCCUCUUCGCAGACUAGAUGGACGGACUAGAGCGUACUACUCAUAUCACAGACGGGCCGCUGCGGCACGUACGGCGAGGACCGUGCCGGGUGCCGACACCACGCGCCGCGCGCCCCUCCCCUGCUGAGUGAGACAGCAGCGGUGCCUUGCCGCGACAUCAGCUCCGCACACCCGCAUCCGCUGACGCCAGCCCUACGGCGGGCCUCUGAGAUCGCGCGCCACGCCUGGUCACGCCCUGCUCCGCCACGCCGCCCGACCAGCGCCGGCCGACCGA